GACAUUGAAAAUGGAGGCAGUGCCGCGGCUGCCUAUGUUAGGCUUUGAGCUGAAGUCUAGUGCAGAGAGUGUUGAAUAUGGCCCCAAACUCAGACCGUAUAUACGUGACCACUACAAUGAGGAUCCAGAGAGCUACAGCACAGAGAUCCACGAGCUGGAGGCAUUGCGGGCCGGUGCCACCCACGUCCCUCACGACUUCACGGGAUGUUCCACCCUCAAGAAGUAUUACUGCCAGUUACACUUCCUCCUCUCACGGUUUCCACUUACCGACAACCCUGCCAUUUCAGUGACGUUUAACUGGUACGACAUAUACUCCAGCGUGGUCUACAAUGUGACGGACAUCAAGUACGAGAUGGCCUGCAUCCUGUACAACAUAGGAGCCCUUCACACAGACCUCGGAGCCAUGGACGCCAGAAAUACUCCCGACGGCAUGAAGAUCAGCUGUACUCACUUCCAAUGUGCUGCGUGGGCCUUCCAGCAUCUACGAGAGACGUAUCCUCAGCCGCGGGAGACCGACCUGAGUCCCACACUACUGACGUUCAUGUAUAAUGUGGCUCUGGCUCAGGCACAGGAGUGUAUUCUCGAGAAGAGUAUGACCGAUAACCGCAAGCCAACCAUUAUAGCCAAAGUUGCCAUGCAAGUGGUAGAGUAUUUGAAGGCAGCGAUGAAGAGCCUCUGGUCGGGGAAGUCAAGUGAUGCAGUUGUUACCGAGAUUGUUGGCUCCAGGAAGUUGAAGAUGUGGCGCCGGUACUGUGAAUUCAAGAUGUCGUACCACAGUGCCGUUGCCUUACUGUACCAAGGGAUGCAGGCGGAGGAGCAACAGAAGAUGGGGGAAAGACUCGCGUACUACCAGGCUGCCGUCGACACUCUGAACGAAGCUUCCAAGAUCGCCAAGAAUCUCGAACAACAAGAACUUAUUGCAGAGAGCUUGACCUUCUCUAACGACGUGAUGGGCGGCAAACUCACGGCCGCACUAAAGGAAAACGAAUUCGUAUACCACGAGAAGGUGCCACCCAUUGCCUCCCUGCCUGAGGUCAAGGGGGCGUCUCUGGUCAAAGGCAUUCCAUUUAGCGUGACCGAUCCUGAGGUGGCCGGGCAAGACAUCUUCAUCAAAUUAGUUCCUAUGGAGGCUCACCAGGCGUCGUCUAUGUACAGCGAGGAGAAGGCCAAGCUCCUCCGAAGAAUAGGAAGCGCCAUCCAGGAGAAGAAUGAGGAACUAGAGACCUACUUAGCAUCUAUGCAGCUAGACUCCCUGGCAUUAGACUCAGGCUCAGAAACUCUCCCCCAGGAACUUAUCGAGUGCUGCGCUGAUUUAAACGCCAGUAACGGUAUCAAGAAACUCACCGACACCAUGGCUAAGAUAUCCAGUUUCUUUAUCGAUAUCAACGCCGCCUUAGAGGAGAUUAAACGUGUGCUCCAGGAAGAAGACGAAAAAGAAAAAGAAUUCCUGGCUAUGAUGGGGAAACGCGCACCUAACAUGAUAAUCGGGGAACUGAAGCGCGAGGCCAACAAGUACCGAGAGGCCCACCAGAGCGCACAGGACAACAACACGGCACUACACAGGGCCAUCACCACGCACCUGGCCCAUCUUCAGCUCCUCUCCAAGCCUUUAGAUCAAGUAGCAGCAGCGAUCCCCUCGGUGGCUAAUGUGGAGGGCCAGGGCGACCAAGCUUCAAAACAGGAGGUGAAGCGUUUGAUGGGUAAAGUAAGCGAGAUGCAAGCCCAGCGCGUCAAGUGGGAGAGUCAGCUACGUACGGACAUCCAGGACGACGACGUCACUAAGCAGCUGGUGACCAAUCAGGAUGACAUGGAGGACUUCUUCAAAAACGAGCUGAAGAAACACGAUAAACUGGUGUCUCUACUUGAACAAAAUAUGGCCGCACAGACCAACAUUCUCCAGGCUCUGUCGGAAGCUAACGCCGCCUAUGCCACCACGCGCCGCCUCACCAACCAGGUCCAGGCACAGAGAACGGAGACAGUCUCAUCCCUCCUGGCUUCUUAUACUGCCUAUAUGAACAUUUUGAAAAAGGCCGAAGAUGCCCAAGAGUUCUACCGUAAACUAGAAGGUCAAGUGAACAAACUGGCAUCUCGGGUCAAGUCUGUGUGUCGUGUGCAAGAUGAGGAGCGGGAGGAUGUUCUCUCGGCUAAUGUUAAGAAAUUUACUGCAAGUUCUGUGGCGGCAAAAGUUCCGAGUGGACCAACAGCGUCUGGCCAUCUCCCCAACUUGGACACGGGCGGAAGCACGUCCAGUGGACCGAAGCUCAAAGAUUAUCUACAACAUAUGAAGGGUGGAAGUGUGGGUGUCAGCGCUGGGUUGCCCGCUGGUAUGAUGACCGCUGCAAAUGUCCAAAUUCAACCGGGAGUACCAGGGUAUGGCUAUAGUGACCCAAGUGCUUACACCAGCAGUAUGCGACCUGCACCUCUGGGCUCAGAACAGAGCGAUCCGUCGACAUCAUGUAGCGGACAGGGUGCAGGCGGCUACGCGGUCAGCUACUCCAGUCAGGCCGCGGCGUACCGUCCCUCGGCACCCUCCCCGGCACCUUCCCCGGCUCCACAGAUUUCGGGAUCCCCCUAUAAGGCUCACGCGACUGGCACCCCACAGAGCACGACUGGCCAGUACUACCCUCAACACAGCGGGACUUCAGCGUACCCGGGAGGUGUGGGCGUCUCCGGCUAUCCUCCGGCACAGAGCUCGACAGUACCCAUGUCGUCUGCCCCAUCUGCAAGUUAUUCCAGCUCCUCAAAUGCCCCACACACUGCUAGCACCACAGCUACCCAGCCAAGUACCUAUACAGCAUCACAGUCUGGGAGCCAGCAUUAUGGCUACAAUAUGCAAUACCCUCAGUAUGGUUAUCAGAAUGUCCCUGGAGCAGCAACAGUAUCAGCCAGUGGCCUGACUCAUGGUAUGCCUCACAGAUCUCCCCUUCAUGGUGGCACUGCAGGUGUUCACGAUAAACAAGUUCCUCAUCAGCCUCAGUAUGGGUAUGGUGCAGGGUACUCGGCUACCGCCCCCUCAACUUACGGUGCGAGUGCUGCCACAUCUGCUGGAGCCACGAGUGUGAACGGAAGUUCGACCGUAGGGGCUACUCGUGCCCCUCAACCUGGUGCUGUGGGACAAACCAACAUGACCCAAGGUUACUACGGUUACUACCAACAACAGCAGCAGCCCAGUACCACCUCUGCAGCAUCUAGUGCUCCCAUGACUAUACCUUCUACAGCAUCACCCCAAAUUAGUAGCCAGCCUUCACACCCAACCACCUCUCAGAGCUACCCCCAGUAUUCCUACCAGUACCCUCUUGCCCAGACAAGCACGUCAGUUCCUUCCAUGUACAGUCAGGCGGGUUCACCCCACUCUGCAAAUUACAGAGGAGAGUUCAGCAAUCAGUCCGGAGGUGUAGUAUACUGUAACCAGUUGGGUUAUGGAAACCAAGGGCAGACAUCUGGCACUCAAUCGCCCAGUGUAUACUCUAAUCAAAGAGGAGCCGGGUAUCCUUCGAGAUCCUACGUCACCCAGGCAACGGGCACGUACGGCGGUGGGUCGUACUUGUCGCAGCCGUCAACAACGUCCAGCACUCGGCCCAGUGGAACACCGUCGACGGCAAAUGCUCCUCCGUUUGGGUCUGAAAACAACCCGUGGAACAUGUAUUCCAGUUAUCCUCAAGCUGGUAUACCAUCUAGCAUCACCAGUCAGGCGGGAAGUGCUCACACCAUUACGAGUAUGUCGGGCGGAACCAACGUGAAAGAUAUGCAGCAGUAUCCCUAUAGCAGUGCCACGGCAUUAACUACAGCAAGUGCCAACGUCGUGUUAAGUACAGGCACCGCCCAGAUUUCGGCACCAGCAAGCCUCCCAACAGCAGUUUCCCAGAACACCACCAUGUAUAGUCAAAACUUGCAGCACAACCAAACUUACACUCAGCCAAUGAUGUGGGCUCAGUAUAGUGGCCAGCAGCAGCCAUAUCAGCACCCACAACAGCACCCUCAGCAACAACCACAACAGCACCCUCAGCAGGCACAGCAACAACCACAACAGCACCCUCAGCAGGCACAGCAACAACCACAACAGCACCCUCAGCAGGCACAGCACGCACAGCAACAACCACAACAGCACCCUCAGCAGGCACAGCAACAACCACAACAGCACCCACAACAGCCCCAGCAACACCCUACACAGUCACCACAACAGUACCCACAACAAGCAAAGCUCCCACCUCAACAACCCCUUCAGCCACAGCCAUUGCAGCCACAGAACAAACAGAAGCCAAGCACCACUAGCGGUUCAGCCGGGCCCUCGGUGUCAUCCGUAACUUCUGGCAUCUCCAACUUGGACCUUCUCUCUGGGAUCGAGUUAACAUCUCCUCCAACCUCCCAGUGGUCACCUCUCACCCCACAACCUGCAGGCACCAGACAGUCAGCCGACCCAGGGAAUGUUGCUGCUGGAGGAGGAGGAGCAAUUCCCACAUCAGCUCAGUCCGGCACAGCUCCCGACGUCACCUCCACAGCUGCUGGGCCCAGUCAGAUGGCACCGGCCUCGGUGAGCAACUUGCCCAACAUUGUGUCCAGUAACACUGCUGCCUCAGACACUGCUGCCUCAGACACUGCCACACACGCCCCUGGCACCGUCUCCUCUAGCAUCCUUGAUCUCACCGUCUUGGCUAAGAGUCGAAAACCAACAGUAGUGGACCCUCUGUCAGACGAUGAGAAGCUGCAGAAAUUGGCCGUCGAGACAGAGCGCUUGAGUAAGAUCGUCGAGGGGCUGGAUCGCAAGUCAUUAAAUGGACCGACCAACUUAGAACUGAAAUGGAAGGAGCUCGUGGAAGUUGUGGAGAAGGAGUGUGGAGAGUUGAAGGUAUCCGUUGCCCGAUGUUAUCCUCUCAAGAACAGAUUUGCCGACAUUCUCCCCUACGACCACACCCGUCUUACCUUGCCAUCUGCCAGGGACGACUACAUUAACGCCUCUUAUGUACAGCUCAAGUCAACUGAAGAGAGUUUCCCCCUGAUCCUGACUCAAGCACCGAUGCCAGCCACAUUCAUCGACUUCUGGACCAUGGUGUGGGAGCUGCAAGUUGAGACCAUAGUGUGUCUUAACUCUGAUGCUGAGGUGAAAGGUCAAGUGUAUGUGCCAAGUGAGGUGGCUUCAGGCGUUGAUUAUGGCCAGUUCACCAUCACGCUCCACAGCUGCCGUCAAGCUGGUUCCCCAGUGUCAUUCCAGCGUAUCCUCCACAUGACACACCGCACCACUAAGGUGUCACGUGUCAUCAUUCACCUGCAGUUCCUAGGAUGGCCUCCCAGUGCUAUGCCAGAGAGUCCCAGCCUCCUCUUGCAGUUCCUCGGAGAAGUUCACACAUUUCAGCGACAGCAGAGAAACAAACUGCGGCCCAUAGUGAUCCACUGCGUUCCCGGCCUGGGCAGAUCUGGGGUCCUCACCGUUCUCUCUGCUUUUGUGAAAGAAAUCCAUUCCAGUGGCAGCUUACUAGACCUGACCUUACUUGUGGUGGACUUGAGCAGACAGAGGCGAGGUGGAGUACAAGACAAGGAACAUCUACAUUUCCUGUACUCAGCUGCUCUCUAUUACGCCCAAGAUGUACUCAUGAAACGGGGGAUCCUGACCAAUAAGGCCACAUUUGAGGAAGGUCCACGGGAAAAGACCCACGUGCGUCACCCCUCUGCCGAUCUUCUCUCCUCCUACGACUUGUCUCGACUCAAGAGCAAGCUCGGAUUUGAUCAGGAAAGUGGGAGUGGUAGAGGUGGCAGUGAAGACGAACGCUCCCGCAGUAACUCAGUCGGCUCUCUACUCAGUAACGGAUCAUCGGCUGGUGCGGAACAUUGUACGAAGGAAGGGCAAAAAGAGCCAGAUAAAGACUCUGUAUCUUCGACAGGAACCCCCAGCAGUGUGUGCCAGGAACCAAGUGCCGUUGUUAGUAGCACCGGCGGCAGUGCCUUGGAGGAUGACUCUAGUAUCCAACCGGACAAGACGAGCGGGAUUUUAGAUUCGAGUUUUUCGGCUCUUCCUCCUAGCCUGGCCGCUAGCAUGGACCCGCAGCAGUUCACGCUCGGCCCGCUCGUGCCGGGAAAGCUGAGCAAAAUUACCAAGGAUAGCUUUGAAAAUCCAGCCGGGGCUUUAAAAAAGUCGGACGAUCCAGCCGACCCCUUCAGCGGCCUGGAUCCUCUGUGGUCACAUAAAAAGUCUUAGUCACGGGGAAGUUGAAUAAUUUCCUCUGAUAAUCUUGUUUAAAAAAAUACUUAGGGAAGUUAAAUAAUUUCCUCUAAUAAUCAUAAGUUAAAAAAUAGUUGUCUAUAGAGUUACUCAUUACAUGUGAUGGUAAAAAAAAGUGAUACUUCCUUUAAAAGUAAUUGCAUAUCAGAUUUUAGCAAAGUAGUUAGUAUUACAUUAUGAACAUUUAACCCGAGAGAACAUAGUAAUUAGGGACAAACUCAUGACUAAUGCCUGUACUGUAAUUGUUAUUAAUGUACUGUACUGUAGUUUUCCAUGUGGUAGGAUCAGAGUGCAUGAUUCUACGUCUAUUUUUAUGCCAAUGACAUUUGUAAUUGUUCCUAAAAAGUGCAAUUUUAAUCUACUUCUCCACUUUGCUUCAUUAAUGGAGGAACAAGCUGCCAUAAUGCAUGUUGUUAAAAAAAAUGAGACAUUGUAUACACUCUAGAACCAAUCUUACUAAUUUGGUGCUCCAUUAUGCAGUACAGUAUAUAGGAUUACAGGUACAGUCAACUACUAAAAGUCUCUUCGCCUCUCCACCUGAAUCACGAACCCCCGCGAGAGAUUCAGACUGGUGAACCCGAAGCAGUAGACUGAUACAUUAUUCUCUCCAUAAAUGCUUUGGAUUCAUGAGUCUGAAUCUCUUGCGGGGGUUCGUGGUUAAGGGAGAGAGGCGAACGGACUUUACUAGUCAACCGUAUCGUGUAAACUCCACGUAAAAGGUGUUUCUUCAUAAGGCAAACAUGAAGUGAUAUAUUUAGUGAGUUUUCGUCAUGUUUUCUUUAUUAUCUGUAACAACUUAGGCACCACAGGACCAUAAUUUUGUAAGGGGAUAUGUGAACUAUGUGUAAGGAAACUACUGAGAGUAAUGACUUGAAGGGUAAGGAUCACGUCAAGAUUACGAUAGUCACCCGAGCUUAUUUCACCUGAUGUUUAAAUGGCCAAAUGCUAACCUAACUUAACCUAAACACAACACCCCCCCUGCUAUUUACAUCAGUGUGUUUAUUCAUCAGGUGAAAUAAGCUCAGGUGUUUAAUCUUCAGGUGAUCCGAAAAUAAUCAUAAGUACCUACCUGAUUCUGAUCUAUAUUCUCAUGGCUUUAGAAGACAGUACAGUAGAUCCUGACCCUGGUAUUGUGGAGAAGACAGUGAUGUAGGGAGCCCACGCGAUCUAGCUAUGGGGCUUACAGGGUCUUGUUGUAUUUUGGGGUGUAAGACCUUUUUCACAUGAGUUUUUUUUUUGUCGCUCGCCUCAUUAGUCAACGGGAUUCAGUGGGACCUUUCACACGGACGUCCAUCGAACUACUCCGUUGAUUUCUAAGUCGUGUGGUUUAAGAUUGAGAUCCCUAUUAUGAAUUAGCUGUUAGUGCUGCCUCAGUUUAAUUGCAUUUUAAUCCAUGAUCAUAGGAAGGUUAGUCCCCCUCCCCCCCUACCCACCCCAGCUUAAUUCACCUGAGAAUUAAACACCUUAAUGCUAUCCUAAUCAAAUAUAACCUGACCUAAUGUAACCUAAUCUAAUCUAAUAUAACAUAAUGUAAACUAAUCUAACCUAACUUGACUUAACCGAACCUGGUAACGUUUUUGUGUUUAAGCAUCUGGUGAAAUUAAACGUGAGGAACAUAAUCUCCCAUUAAGACACACUCCAUCCAUCACCGAUAAUUAGCUCUGAAUUUACCACUAUUCCCCACUACACACUUACACACAUCACCAACAUUCCCUCAAGCGCAGGAGUGAACGUUCGUCAACUGCAUUAGGGAACAGUAGUUGGCUAAAGGUAGAUUAAUAGUAGUAGUUCCUGAAGCAAUGUUGAGUAAGGUUUUCCAUCAUGAUAUUAAAUUUAGGCUGUGAUUAUUUAAUCGUAUGGUCGGGAGGUUGUAGGUACAGUAUAGGGCGGAUGUUACGAGAAUUGCUCGAGCUUCAUCUGUUUUUUCUUUAGGGACGAUGAAGGAGAUUAUUUGAAGAUUAAGCACCUUAGUUUAUUUCACCUUAAGAUGAACCACCCUAAAGCUAACCUAACCUAAUCUAACCUAAACCUAACAACCCACUCCCCCAAGGUAGCAUUAGGGUGUUGAAUGAGCAGGUGAAAUAAUCUGUGUGGGGGGGAGGGGGGCACUUAAUCAUCAUCUGAUCCCAGGGGAACUGUAGCUGCAUGCAGUACAAUGAGAUAUAUUCUGCUUUUGAGACGAGUAACCUGCUGAGUUGGGUCGGUUGUGGCAGCCUUAAUCAUUUUAGCAAAACUUACAAGAUGCAUAAUGAAUGACCAAAUGAACAACAGAUAACAAGGGGAAUGGAAUAUGAGUUAGCAUGGCUUUUAAACAGUGGGUUAUUAUUUGUUGUUGUUUUACGUUCCUUGUGUUUCUGUGUUUCGUCCUUCUCUAUAAUUUUUUGUUGUGGGAGGGGCCACGUAUGGAGGCAAAUUACGGAAAUUUUAGCCGUCAAAUAAAGGUUUAAGGAAACGUUUAUGGCUCGAUAACUCGUUGAAGAUAUUAUUAUUUGUGUUUUGUGUGUCAUUAUUAUUUUGUUUUUCUUAUUUUCUUUGUGUUUUACUGUACUGUAUUAAAGGAGGAAGUUCUUUACAAUGGAGAGUAUGUGAAUGAAGGUGUUUUUGGUCUACAUAAUGUUUUGACUUGCUCUGUCUCUCAUUCUCUCCAUCUGUCUCUCUCUCAUUCUCUCCAUCUGCCUCUCUCUCAUUCUCUCCAUCUGUCUCUCUCAUUCUCUCCAUCUGUCUCUCUCU